GUUCAGUGAAGUCUCAACCUCUCCGUCAUGUCAACGUGCACACUGCUGCUGGUGUCUGAGGCAGGCUGUGGGCUUACCAAAUCCCUUCAGUUCUGUGAGCCCUCGCUGCAAGCACAAUCUCUGACUCCAAACCUACGGGAGAAUGCUUGGAGUGUUACCGAUCUUCUGACCUUUGCCAAUGUUUUGGAGAAAGCAAGUCUUUUGUUGAAAGCAACAUCACAGAAUACUUGGAAUCUUCAGCUUUUUUAUUUGCGAGCAGUCGGAAGGUCAAAUGCCUGCUGAACUGUGCUUCGGUCCUUCUGAGGUCUCCAAACAAGGAGAUCUUAAAAAACAAAGCCAGUCUUUGGAAGAAGCUGCUGAACUCUGUGCAGACUUUUCAGAUGGAGAGACACCUAUUCACACCUCUGUGCACCAGAAGGAAAUUGGGUUAGACGAGUCUGAUGGACUUUGCUAUGAAAAUAGUCAAAUGAAUGGUGAAUAUUCUGAUCAGCACGAUCAGUCUAGUUCAUCCGGAUAUAGCUCAUUGUUGGACAGCUGCUCUGAGCACAGUGAGUCUUUUGAAAUGAGCACAGUUUCGGUUGACUUGGUUGAAAUAAGCCAAGCUGAUGAGUUUAACAUGCCAUUUGAUCAAAGUGAGAUUUCUGAAAAAGAUGCUGAACAAUUAUUUUUAUCUGAGAUAAACCAAGAUGAUAGUGAGGAUAUUCAAGAAGAUGAUACAGAACAGUUACAUUUACCUGAGAAUGACAUUAAUAUUUGUGAUUGUAUUCAAGACGAAGCAGAACAGUUGGAUUUAUCUGAGAUGAACCCAGAUGCUUAUGAGUAUUUUCAAGAAGAUGAGACAGAACGGUUCAAUCUAUCUGAGACGAACUCAGAUGCUUAUGAGUAUUUUCAAGAAGAUGAGACAGAACAGUUAAAUCUAUCUGAGACAAACUCGGAUGUUUACGGGUAUUUACAAGAUGAUGACACAGAGCAGUUAAAUUUAUCUGAGAUUAACUCUGAUGUUUAUGAGGAUUUACAAGAAGGUGACACAGAGCAGUUACAUUUAUCUGAGAUGAACCAAGAUGUUUAUGAGUAUUUUCAAGAUGAUGAUGAGGAACCGUUAAAUUUAUCUGAUAUGGACCCUGAUCAAAAUGAAGCUGUUGAGUCCUUUAGAUUAGAUCUUUCUGAUAAUGAAACCAUUUCAGGAUGUAAUGCUGAAUAUGAAGGAUCUUUAUCUGAAGAAUUCAGCCUGUCUGGUCAAAACAUAGUAGCUGAACUGAACACACAUAAAGAGUGUAAGCCAAAUGAUCAAAACAAGCCCGCUGAAUACCAUGACAUACAUUUUGAUUCCCCGGAUCUGUGUCAAGUCUCUAAACAAAGCAAGCUAUCUGACCACUGUGUGUCCCUUGAGCAAACACGGGUUACUGGGCAAAUGGACACCGCUGAUGACAGAGCGACACUACACAGCCCAGACUGUUGCACUGAAGAGACCGUAGAUUGUAGCCGGACAUGUUGUGCCACUGAAGGUACUUCACAGAAACGACAGCUGUUUAAGCAGGAAUGUAACCAACAUUUUGAGCAAAACGAAUCCUCUGAAGACCGUGCUGCAUGUGUUGCAACUUUAGAACAAUGCACAAGUUGUGGAGCACGCUUUGAGAAAUGUGAUGAUCGGGAACAAUGCAGUUCCUCUAUGCCUACUAACCGGUCGGAGAGCCCACAUCAAAGCCGACUUGCUGACUUGCCAACAGCACAGCGCUCUGUCUUUCACAGCUCUGAACUACCCAAAGAAACCCAGAGCAACAGUUCUGAAGUUAGGAAGCCAUCUGCAUGUGAUGCCCUGUUUUCUGGCUCAAUGGCAACUUUUGAGGCUAGGUGGCUCUCUCAGUUUCUUACAGAUCUUUUAAGACACAAUCAAGAGUCUGCAGAUCUUGAGGUCAGUCAGUCCAGUGAAGAUUUUAAAACUCCUGAAUCUCAUGCAUGUUUAGAGCCUGAAGUUCGAGCUUUGGAAAACUGUGGGAAGUUGUGUAAAAAGUGUUCAGAUAGUGAGCAAGGGAUGAAACCGCAAUGUUUUCAGCUUGAUAGUGAUGGGGAAAGAACCUUUGUACUCCACCCAAAUGUUCCUAACUCUCUAGAUGCAGAAACCAAAGGCUUUUCUUCAGAUGAAUCAAGUGAGGAAGAGUAUUCAGACUGCAUUGACAGUAAAAGUCAAGGAAGCUCUGAAACCGAUGAAUCGUUCACAAGUUUUGCUGAUGAGUCAGAAUCGUUUGAAAUCUUCACAGAUAAGGUAAAACAUCUCAGCCUUACAGAGGAUAAUGAUCAGUCACAAGAUUACCCUGAAGAUGAAACAACCUUUGACACAUAUACACAGGAAGCAUUAGAUGUUUGUGAGGAAGCACGUGAAAUAGAUUCUGAGGAACAGGACAGGAAAGUCACAGGACAGAAAAGUAGUAAAUCAUAUGCUGAAGCUGUUUUGGUUGGACUCCCCUUUGAUCCAUGUCAGAUCCAUCAGUCUUGUGCUGAUGAGGUCUAUGAAACCGAAGCUUACGAGCCUAAUUUAAUUGGUGAGAAUUGCUGCACGCUAUAUUCUGAAGAAGUCAAGGGCAUUGAACCUUGGCACAAAAAUGGAGAGCUCGUCGAACCUCUUGAUGGUAUGCUGGCACAAGUGUCUUGUGUUGCAGCUGUUGAAGGUUACAAACAUCAAACACUACUAGAAAAUUCUUUGGAAGAUUUGUCCACAGAGUUCUGUUACCAAAAGUUUACGUAUCAUGAAGAUGAUACUCUCGAAUUGCUUGAUAAGGAACCAACAUUGGGAAUUGAGGACAGUCAGGAUUUAAAUGAGCUUAACGGAUUUCAAAACGAGGAAAUCAGAAAGGACACUGUAGUUGAAAAUGAAGAGACCUUAACAGAAACCGAGGAGGCUCAUGGACCUUUUUGUGGAGAGAUUAAAACUUCCGAAGAUGAAGACGGAUCUCUGCUUGACUUUGAAGAUGUUGUGGUGUGUGCUGAGGAACAUGAUACAAGCAAAGAGAAUGAUGAUUAUCAAGAACUCUUCAAAGAUGAGUCAAAAGAUAGUACUGCUGUUCUUGAGUUAUCCGUCUCCGUUGGUCAGCAAGGUUCACUAGUGUCUCAAAAUGAAUCAAACGAUAGCUCUGAAGUCCUUCAUUCCCAUGAAGUAGACCUAUCAGAGCAAAGCGAUCGAAGUGAAAAGCUAGAGCAGCUUAUACAUCAAGUUGCAAAAAAUGAAGCAUCUGAACAUAGUGAGGAGGAUGGGUUCAUUAAAGUGUCUGAUCAAAACACAACAUCAGAGCAGACUGAUUCCUCUGAUGACAGUGAAGUGUCUGAAGAUGAAGAGUAUUCAGAGUUCUGCGAAUGUGAAUUUUGUGUUCCACCCACAGAUCAGGUCCCAGCCAAACCACUUCUUCCCCAAAUAAAGUCUAAAGAUGUAGGGAAGAUCUGUGUGGUGAUUGAUCUGGAUGAAACACUAGUCCACAGUUCAUUUAAGCCAGUGAACAAUGCCGACUUUAUCAUUCCAGUGGAAAUUGAUGGAACUGUACAUCAGGUGUAUGUUUUGAAGAGACCUCACGUGGAUGAGUUCCUCAAGCGAAUGGGUGAAAUGUUUGAGUGCGUGUUAUUCACCGCAAGCUUAGCCAAGUAUGCUGAUCCCGUCUCAGACCUGCUGGACAAGUGGGGUGCUUUCCGAAGCCGUCUUUUCCGGGAAUCCUGUGUGUUCCACCGCGGAAAUUAUGUCAAGGACCUAAGCCGUCUAGGCAGGGAUCUCGACAAAGUCAUCAUAGUGGACAACUCACCAGCCUCGUAUAUCUUCCACCCAGAUAAUGCUGUACCUGUAGCUUCCUGGUUUGACGACAUGGCCGACACGGAGCUGUUGGAUCUCAUCCCUUUCUUUGAGAGACUGAGUAAGGUGGAUAAUGUCUACACUGUGCUCAAGCAGCAAAGGACUACUAGCUAGUAUGACACUAUGGGCAGCUGUCACUAUGGGGCCAGGGAGGCUGCUGGGCUCGGAGCACCACGCUGCUUCCCUCUAACAGGACCAGCCAUUAGCUCAGUCCUCGUCACCUACCUACCCAGAAUUCCAUUCACAGGAUGUUUGAUGGAGAAUAGGAAGUGGAAUAACUGUGAAGGACUGCUUUAUCAAAUGCAUAAUUAAAGGAGCUGAUUGAUUGUUGUAACACUUGAAUGGGUGAAUCUCAAAAUAAAAGAUGUCUUGGUUAUAUUUAACCCCAAAUUAUAAACGAUGCAAAAAAUCUAGUAAUCAUUCUAAACACUGCAAUCGAAACGAAACCGUUUAUUUAAAUUGUAAAGAAAGUAUUUAUACAUCAAGGUAGUAUUUGUUGCACUGCCUAUAAUUUAUGUUAAUGAAAUACUGUAUUACAGUAAUAUUGAAAUGAAUAACCAUUAAGCAACAUGUGCUUUGUUUUUACAAAUACAUCUCCCUGUUUGUGGGGUAAAACGUAACCUGGACAUGUUUUCAAGAGACUAACCCGAUUAUGUGUUGUUUCAGUAUCAAGAUUGAGGGAAGCCCUGUUAUAAUGAAACAAGUUCAUUGUCCUCUUUGGUUGGUGGUUUGAGAAGAUCUGAUGUAAGAACAUAACUACAUUUCGUACCUUCCUCUUCUUGGGCUUUAUUUUGAGCUAAACUUCCCUCAUUCCCUGUGUUUCAUGAGUUAAGUGCUCACAUACAGACAAAAAACAUGAAUGGCAAUCAUCAUAUAGAAAACCAUGCUGUAUUUUUUAAUCUAGCCAAAACUUUAUUCAUUGAACUUUGAAGAUUUUACUAUUUCAUAAACCCAAAAUCAUGUUUGUGAUUUACGAAACUCGAUUUCUUAAUCGGGCAUGAAAAAGACCUGAUGAUACAAUCAACCAGCACGUCAAGUUUCACAAAGCAGAAGAUUUAAGGAAGGGAAAUAAACCCUGUGCCUGUUUUCACUUUGAAAGUUGCGCUGAUGCAUCUUUUGAUUUACAUACAGUAUGCUAUUUUUAUCUUUAUCGUGGCCUUAAAAUUACGGUAGCAAAAAAUGUGGUCUUAUUUACAAAAUCAGUAUGUGUCAUACUGCAUAGUUUUAAAUUUCAUUCAGUAUGCCAUUUGUGUGUCUAUAUUAAUCAAAACAAGUAAAAAAAAAAAACUGGAAACGAACCCUGAUCGUUCAGCGAAAGCAGAAAUUCAACUUUCAUGCUUUUAUUCUCCACAAAGCUGUCAGAUGGGCAAACUGGUUUAUUGAGAAAGUGAUGUGGGCAUUGGGUGGCCCCCGUUAACGUGCAGUGCCAUUUAAUAUGGACGUAUAUGUUCAUGUGGAUGUAUACUUGCUCAGCACUAUCCUAGUUGAUUUGUUUUGCAAGUGCCUUUAAUGAUGUAAAAAGUAAUGGUGGUUAUGUUUAUGUGUCCAGGAAGUGUGAAAUGGUAAAUUAUGGUUUUUAAUACUGCCGUUUUGUCAAUUUACACAGUGUUUGCCUUUUUAAAUAUAGGUAUGGUGAUGAUGACACAACUUUUGCCAUCUUUCUAUAAUUGUGAUAUUAAUGAAAAGUGCUGUGCCAUGGAGAGAGAAAAACAUUUUGUUAUUCAUAAAGGCUUAAAGAGCGGCUCGAGUGACAUUUGAUUCUUGAAAA